AGAGAUAAGGCUUCUAGCCAUAGGCUUAGCUGAUAAGGCCAGAACCUGGGCUUAAAAAUGCGUGACGUCCCCCGCAAUCAAUAGCGAUUAUGUGAUAGGUACCUGUCUAGGAAUGGGCAGUUUUUGUCAUGGCGAACCAAGUGCGUUCACGUUGGAAAGGUCAGCAUUCCCAACAUCAGGCACAUGCACAGGAUGAUCCAUUUCUGGACGAAUCAGAUGAUGAACAACACUUUGCGAAUUCUUCAGACAGUGGGAGAUUUGAAACGCCCCAGCUGCCGGAGGAACUGGAACAUGAUUCUGAUUCCGCUCUGGAGGAUGAAGAUACUGUCACGGAGAUCAAUGAGUCCCAAGACGGGCCUGACAUUCUCUCUGGUGGCAUUCUGGCCACUCUUCCACCCAGGUGGCGCAACUGGUUCCUCAGAGGCAUAUCGGGGUCCCUUCUCAUCUCUGGGUUCUCAUUUCUGAUUUACUGCGGGCCUGUUGGGUUAUUCUUCCUGACCUAUUUGGUGCUAUUUUCUGUUUACUCAGAGGUCAUGGGAUUGGCUCAGAGAGUGUGCAAAGUGCCUCAAUUGAAAGCGUAUGGCUGGUAUAACUUCUAUGUGUUGCAAUACUUCAUGAACAUGAGCGCCCUCUGGCGUUACUUGGAGACCUCUCAUUCCACCUGGACAAGUUUCAUGAUUCGUCACCAUGAACUAGUGUCUUUCGCCUUGUACAUGGGGGGAUUGAUCUAUUUUGUGCUCACCCUAAAACAACACUAUAUGAGAAGUUACUCGUUCCUGGGCUGGAGCCACUUGACAUUGCUAUUCUUUGCUUUGCCCGGUCAAAUCUUGAACCAUCUGACCCUGAGAGGAAUGAUUUGGUACAUCCUGCCUAUGACCCUCAUCACACUUAAUGACAUCAUGGCCUUUUACGUGGGCUUUUUCUUCGGGAAAACUCCGCUGAUCAAGCUUAGUCCCAAGAAGACCUGGGAAGGGUUUGUCUUUGGCGGCUUGCUCACGGUCGUACUAGGAACCGCCUUGGUCUACCUCAUGAUCACGCCUUAUCUAAUCUGUCCGGUUCAAGUGAACCCUUGGGAAGGCUUGCUCGAGUCCCCGCACCACAUUUUCGCCGUCCAGACUGAUUGCACACCCCACCCGGUGUUCAUCAUUGACACGUUCCAUAUUGGAGAGAUCUCGAUCAACAUGUAUCCCUUCCUUAUCCAUGGGGCUAUUCUAGGCCUCCUGUUCAGCCUUGUGGGUCCAUUUGGAGGAUUCAUGGCUUCUGGCUUCAAGCGUGGCUGCAAACGAAAGAAUUUUGGUGGAUUUAUACCCGGUCAUGGAGGAGUAACCGACCGCUGUGAUUGCAUGUUCCUGUGUGCAGUGAUAAUGUACGUCUAUUAUAAGUCCUUUAUUCAGGCCUAAAAGCAAAAGAGAGAGUUAUUUGAAAUUGAAAUAUAACCACAGAGUGAUCAAAUAA